AGCGCGCGCAACCCGACCCGUUCCGCCUCCUAUCUCCCUAAUAGAUCUGCGGUCUCCGGUUCUCUCGCUCCGUCUGCGUCGCCGGCGAUUCUGUCUCCGCGAGUAGUAGGUAUUGAUGUCAAGGGUGAUCAAGAAGUUCUUUGUUACAUCCAUGAUCAUGUGGAUAGCUCCAGUGGCUAUAUUAUAUGGAUUUAACAAUCAUAUAUUUCCUGGUACAGGUCAGCUUUCAUCUUCAAGCCAAACACUUGUAAGUGGAUUUCUUGCUGUUAUUUCGGUGAAUCUGGUGAUUGCGCUAUACAUUAUCAUGGCCAUGAAGGAGACGGGUAGCAGUGAACACCAACCAGAUGCUGCCUUUCUAGCAGAGGCUAAUGCUAGCAUUAAGCAACCAUCAAACAUGACAACCAACGAUGAUACCCAGGCUCGGGAAAAAGUGGAAUAAGCAUUCAUUGUUUGUUUUAGAUGCUUCUGUAACCAUUUAUGUUGUCAAGUUUGUGUAAGAUGACGAAGCAGCACUUGGAGUUGUUUUUCUUUUACCUUCCAUUGGAUCGUUGUAAUAUAAAUAAUGAUGCUGAGUUGUGUUUUGAACGAACAAGAAAAAGACUCCAUAUUUGUGAUGUUCUUAUGCGACCCAACAAGAAGUUUAAUGCAAA